GUCACUAGUUGUUAUCUGUCAAUUUGCAGUUUAUGGACUUUUUGAGCUAGUGUGCGGAAAGUUUGAUGGUGAAAAUAUAGUAAAAUAAGUGCAUUUUUACAAAAAAAUAUUGUUUGUAAACCUUUAAUUUGUUUCUUUACAGCUAUUUAUCGUAUUAGCUGUCGCUUUUGACUUUCUAGGUAAGUACUGUAUGAUACAAACUGGUGAUAGCUAAAAAUGGCGUCCACACCUUUUUUUGAGAGAAAUUCCAUGUACUCAGAUUGCGAUUAAUCAUUGUCUAUUAGAAGCAUGUAUUACGUUUGUGUUACGUUAGAAAUAAAAUAAAAAUGUAGAUUUGAAGGUUCUAGCAACUUUACAAGUUUUUAAAUCAAUGGUAUUAUAGAUCGCAACCCGAACUCUAGAAAGUAGAUCCCCUCCUGAUCGGUAUUUUUAGGAUGUUUCGCAAUACUUCAUCGGUUUGAUAUUGUCUGAAGAUGGCUGAAGGCGGCACCGACGUCGCUGAGAUCCCUUCUCCUCCAGGCAUGACCGAUCAUCCGCCGCUUCCGCCCGAGCCGCCAUCUCCACCGCCACCAGCGCCUCCCACUCAGCCCCCGCCGCCCCCUUCAGCGCCCCCAACAUUGCCCCCAAUUCCAAAUGCCGCACCGUGGACCCAGAACCAACCGCCCCAGCUAUAUUACUACAAUGCUGCUGCUCCACCAUCAUUCAUGUAUCCUAACUACUACUACUAUUACAGUCAAAUGUACGCCAAUCCGAAUAAUAAUGAGGUGUCCAAGGCCCAGCCGCCCCUGCCCCCAGGGCCGCCAUUACCCCCUACGCCACCGCACACCCCUAGGAUACCUUUGCUGAAUACGCCCAAGCAGUUUGGCGCUAUUAGAUUUCAAUUGAACGGCGGAAAACGGUUACCUAAUAAUAUGAACAUUCUACAAACCUCACAGAACAGCGGAGCCGCGAAGAAGAAGAGGAAACGUAACAGAAAUAAUCAAAAUGCCAUGAAACAAAACGCAUUUAUUAUGCAGAAUAUAGGCACCCCAACACCUCCGUUACCCCCUCCAGAAGUCAAACCAGCACCGCCCCCUGAAACGAUGCCCCCAUUACCUCCAGAAGAAGCCAAACCCCCAGUACAGGAACCUUCUGCACUAGCUAAUACUCCUCAUAAUGGACUGACCAAUGCAACAGACGAUUGGCCAGACAGUUUGAAAGAUUACAUCCAUCGUUGCUACGCGAAAUGCAAAACCACAGUAGACAAAAACCAAGUUGAAAUCAUCUUGAAGGGCAAGAUUACGCAAGCAUACCAAUCAGGUCAUUUGCAGAAGGACUGGAACAACGAGCCGUUGCCGAGCAUUCACAGCGAAAGCACCAACAAGCCUACGUUCACAGGACAAGCAAAAACUGUCACCGGACAGUUAUCCCAGUUUCAGAAUGGUAAGAAAGGUCUUUCACCCGGUUUGGGCGCCAGAUUAGGCGCGCGAGCGAUAGGUGCACUUCAAAAGGCUUCGAAAGGCGGCGGGUCGGCUAGGGAUAGGUCGAGGUCGCCGGCGAGUAGUGGCACCAAAAGGAGGUCUAGGUCCAGGUCAAGGAGCCCUAAGAGAUACAGGUCAUCUAGUGAUAGUUCCCGUUCCAGCAGCGACGAGAGCAGCUCGAAGAGUAAGAACAGCAGUCGAAAAUCAAAAGGUAAAUUAGCAGAUAGGUUAGGACCGUCGGCAAAGAAAUUUCAGGCAAAAUCCCAGAAGAAAAGGCGGAGCAAAGAGAAGAAAGUCGUUCCGUUCUACUCGACUUUUGGUCAAGACGUCGAAGAAAACACGGAGGUUCUGCAGCAAAGAGCUGCAAGGUUCGCCGGCAAAUCGUCGAACAAUUCUUCUGCGAACAGUACUCCUUCGCAGACGGUUUGCAAACGGCAAUACUCGGAGAAAUUCGACGAGAGUAACGGUGACUUCGAUUGGUCAGGGUGUCACAUCGUUGGUACUAGUCAGGAACUGGAGAAGUCAUUCCUCAGGCUGACGAAAGCGCCAGAAGCAUGUGACGUCCGACCUGUCGAAAUGCUCACCAAGUCCUUGCAGAAUGUCAAGGAGCGAUGGGUGCAGAAGCAGGACUAUUUCUAUGCAUGUGACCAGCUCAAGUCUAUCAGGCAAGAUUUAACGGUGCAGGGAAUAAGAAACUCGUUCACCAUUGAAGUUUAUGAAACUCACGCAAGGAUUGCUCUUGAAAAAUGUGAUCAUGAAGAGUUUAAUCAAUGCCAAACUCAACUAAAAAUGUUGUAUAAUGAAAUUGGCGGUGAUAACAGGAAUGAAUUUGUUGGAUACAGGAUAUUGUACUAUAUUUUCACCAAGAAUACACUAGAUAUAAUGACCAUGAUGAAAUCGUUCACUGCCGAUGAGAAGACCCACCCUUGCAUAGCGUUCUCGUUAAAGGUGCGCUCCGCAUGGGCGUUGGGCAACUUCCAUAAGUUUUUCACGUUGUAUCGCGAAGCCCCGUUGAUGGCCGGCUUCCUCAUGGACUGGUUCAUCGACAGGGAGCGCAAAGCGUACUUAAAGUGUAUUAUCAAAAGGUAUGUAUCCGAUCAACGGUCACGGUGGGACCGAAUGUGCGAUUCGGUUUUUGGCAUAAUUGCCGAUUUGCAGUGUGGCUAAAAACGAAUAUGUAGCAGAAGUAUCGUUAGACGUAAAAAUAUAAGAACCUCGGAUUCCAGGUCCACUGGAUGGAUUUUUGAGAUAAACAUAAAAAAAUUGAAGUCGCUUUUCCUCGUGACCAAUUUCAGACAAUUUUUUGUAGGAGUUGAAACUUGGGGGCUGUACGGGAUGGGGGAGGGUAUUUGAAUAUGUUGUUCCGAUUCCGGUAAUUCUAUGGACCUAUUUGCCUUUAAAACUUGAAAUGAUAGAGAAAUGCCUCGAGGAUAUUGCGUGUAUUUGUGUCAGUUAUUAUUAUUAUUAUUAUUAUUAUUAUUCCACUUUUCUCACACAUCAGUGUAAAUUUUCGUGUUCUGUUCAAUGCUCCCAAGUAUUACUAUGUCAUAUAUAUUCUCUUUUAGUAAUGUAUCUGGGGAAGACUUACUGGAAUUUAUUAUGAUUUCGUAGAAAAAGACUCGGUUUAACUUUAUACGUUUUCUUUCUAUUUCUACAGUACAUUACUUAUUUGUUUCUACUUCAAAGCUAAAUUAGUGAUAGUUUUUACGUAUGUUAUUUUUAACAUUUCUUCCAGCUAUUUUCAAAUUAUUUCUAAGCAAAAAGCUGUAUGUCACUUUUAUAGAUGUUCCUUGGGUACGAGUGCCUUUUGAGGGAUGAUCUCCUUGGAUGUUAAACAAACUGUAAUGCUUCCUUGAGGAACAUUUUAGCGAGGGUUUAACAUUUGUAUUUCACAGUAGGCUGUAAAAAAUUAUCCGAAAAUCUGAAAUAUACUAAGUGACAUAUAAAUCCGAACACCCAGUUUAAAUGGUUUUAUUUUAAUAAAAUUUUGUAUAAGUACUUAACCCUCGGCUAGGCGCGCGGCUGUUUAUAACGUAUUUGGGCGCGCGGGCUACAAUUGUAGCCCAACUUUUAUUCCAUAUAAAAUUUGUUUAUGCCUUUUUUAUGCCGCUUUUUUCAUAAGAUAUAUUCACUAUGAUAUUACUUAAUCGCUAAAAUGUGAUUUCCUUGCUUUCAUGUACAAAUAUGUUUUAGCAUGUGCAUAAAAUACCAAUUAUGAAUAUUUCUUAUGUAUUUUCGAAGCAGCUCGUAUUCAUUGUCUUUUGCAAAUGAAAUAUACAACUGUGGAACCACAACUUAUUAUUUAGAGAAAAAAUACAACAUACUUAACCUAACACAAAAUCCAAAUCAAUCAAAUAAUAAUAAAUGGCAAUGUUCGGAGUCCCCAAUAUGACAAACUUCUAUUCCUUCAGGCAUGCCGUGCAAGUAUCACUCAUGUGUUGUUUGCAUGCAAACCUUCUACAUUGCGAACAAAUUUUACGUGUUGAUUUAUCACGUUGUCUAGGGCAAAUAUGACAACGUCCAACAGUGGUUUUUGGUUGAUUAGAGGGGGAAGGUGAUACCUCCCUAACAUUUAGGGUAGCUCGUACCCGUCGCCUCAUAUCCACUGGCAGUGACGGGAUGGUUGACCGAAAUUCUAUCUGGGGUCGGAUCAGAUCCCAUGCACAAGUUUGUAAAAAGUCGGACCGUGCGAUUCUUUUUUGUGGCGGGUGAUUUGCCUUAUAGACGCACAAUGCGUUUAUGCCAGAUAUAUGUUGAUCAAGUUGUAAAAUACCACCAUUGGCCAACGACGUGUAUUUCUUGCAACAUUGUACUUCUGGCAUAACUGGUCUACCAGGUCAACACCAAUUUUUGUGUGAUUAUAAUCGGCUAUGAUUACUGGUUUUUUGUCAUCACCCGUUUCCUCAUCUUUUGCAUCAUCAAAGUGCAUGGACGAUAACAAAAUCACAGAUCUAUUUUUUUUUGGGCAGUACGAUACCAUGGUACAGUCCUUCUGAAAACCAAACAAGGACGAUUUCUCUGGUCGAUUCUUAUUCGGCAGGAAUUGUGGAGGGAUCUCCCUCUUAUUUUUUCGCAUAGUUCCGAUGUAGGUUAGCUUUUUUUCUUGUAACAGUUUUUUAACCAAUGAUAAACUGGUAAACCAGUUAUCGCCCGUGAUAUUGCGAUUGGUCCCUGCCACUGGAUUUACUAAUCUGAUUACAAUGUCUUCGGAGGAAUUACUGAGCUUAUAUGGACCCUCUGGUUGUGUUCCAACGUAGGUUUCCAAGUUGAAUGUGUAUGAUGUCUUUGAAUCACACAGCGCAAAUGUCUUGAUGCCAUAUUUGGCCGGCUUUGAUGGAAUGAACUGCUUGAAUCCACAGCGUCCUCUAAAAGCUAACAACUGCUCGUCAACAGUGAGGUACUCACUGGCAAUAAAAUUGUUUUGAAAAUUCACCAAGAAUGUUUCAAAUAGUUCUCGAAUGGGCGCCAACUUAUCUAUUUCCUUUCUUUCAUCUCUUGUUCUUAUGUCAUCAAACCGCAAACACCUUAUCAGAAAUCUAAAUCUCUUUUCACUCAUCGCUAGAUAGCAAGCUUCCACUCCACUUCCUUUAGAGUUAUCCCAAAUAUUUUUCAGGUUUUUCCGUGAACUUCUGAGGGUUCCAAUCAGAAUGAGAAUUCCAAUGAAAGCUGUAAUUUCUCUCUCAUCAGUUUGCCUGGCAUCUCUGAACCGUUGAAACUUACUUUUGACUUUCAUGAUAUAUAUGUUGGUAGAAAUAGUUAUAAUUCUUAUCACCGUGUCAUUUAUAAAUAGUUUUAGGCAAUCAGUUUCACUCCUGGCAUUUCGCGCACUACCUUUUGUUCCGGGCAACAAUUUUAUUAUGUUCUGAGACCGAGUACGCACUUGAGUGUUGGAUCUACCCUUCUUCCACUUCGUAACUUUGUCUUUUCCCCAGUAAAAUGUAUCAGCUUCUCCUUCAUCGGUUUCUUCUUCCCAAUCAGGCUCAUCUUGAUCUACCUCCGGUAUUUCUUGUUCAGACUCUGUCUCAUGAUGGUCACUUUCCACACACACAUCCUCUUCUUUUUCAUCCGAGUCUUCCUCAUCGAGUGGGCUUUCCUCCCCACUUGAUAUUUCGUUGAACCAUUGCAUCCAUACUUCAGGAUCCCUGCUUGUCUGUACACACCUUCUUUUCGGGUCGGACAUUCUGUUUUUAUAGAUUUCCCUGUAAUUCAUUGAAUAACUGUAUGCAUAUUUACAAUUGAAACAGUAACACUUACCUCAAAUCAAUGAAAACUAGUAAAAUCCAAGGUUUGCCUAGCCGAGAAAAUAUUACGUGAUUAGGCGGGCGGGCUACAAUUGUAGACCAGCCGAUUUUAGGCGCGAAAAACAACAACGACAAUACGCCUCAAGCACGCGCAUCAUACUGAUCAAGUGGAGCAAAACAAAUAGAACAGCUACUAGCGGGGGCGCUCGCAUCUGCAUAUUUUCUUUGCGUUUCAUCACCAUUCGAAUAUCGGUGGGCUACAAUCGUAGCCCGCGCGCCUAACGAAGGGUUAAUGAAGCAUAAUAAGUAAAUGAUAAAAAUUUCCAAAUGAUUGCACUGCUUUAAAGCCCUUUGACCUUUAAUAAUGUGUGGAUGCACCCUGAUGUGCUACGCAUUCUCCAACGCGCCUAGGCAUGCUUCUGAUCAGGUGGUCAAUGUCCUCCUGUGGUAUCUCAUUCCAGGCAACCACCAACUCCUCUCGAAGUGCUUCUAGAGUCUGAGGAGGACGUUGCAAAUUGAGCAAUCUCCUACCCAUCAAAUCCCACACGUGCUCAAUUGGGGAUAAGUCGGGAGAUCUUGGUGGCCAUGGUAACAAUGUAACAUCAUUAUGUUGAAAGAAGUCUAUUGUGACUCUUGCAACAUGUGGUCGGGCAUUAUCUUGUUGGAAAGUUGGAUCUGCCAGGGUGUCAAGAUAGGGUAAAAGAUGGGGUUCUAGAACUUCGUGGAUAUAACGCUGCGCGUUCAUGUUACCUCUGAUGAAGAUUAAAGGUGACCUGGAACCAUAAGCUAUAGCACCCCAAACCAUAACUCCAACAGUGUGAUGAACAUGUCUUUCAACAAAAAACUGUGGAUUCCUCCUUUCACCACGUCAACAACAAAAUCGAGACUCGUCACUAAAGACAAUACUGUUCCAUUUCUGAUCCCAGAGUGACCGUUGUCUGCACGACUCAAGGCGAUUACGUCGGUGUUCUCGAGUUAAAGGGAGGACCCAGUGUGGCCGGUAUGAAAACAUUCGUCGGUAAACACUUCGCAUGCCAAUAGGUCUUCCGUGUUCUGCAAACCAUUCAUUUGCAAUGGACCUGGUAGUGGAGAAACGGCCCUUACGAACGGCCUUCUCGAAACCAUGCCUGACAACACCUAACCACAGUGUCUACACUUCUUUGCACUCUAACUGCAAUUGCCCGAAAAGAAAGUCCAGCUUCCCAAAGUCCCACUAUACGGCCCCUAUAAAACUCACUAAGUUGACGAAAUCGUACAGGUCUCCGUACUCUAGGCAUCGUAACCGAUCGUAAAGGAUGUCAAGAACCAAAAUCCGCCAACGUUGAUUCUUUACUGCGGCUGAAAUAUUCAUUUUUAGAGCAUUAGUGAAUUAAAAAAAAGCAGUAUUAAAACCGGAAUGUCCAACUGAUAAGGCUGAAAAUUUUUUCACUUGUUAUUUACAGUAAGAUAAAUACAUUCACCAACUUUUAUUAAAAUAAAACCAUUUAAACUGGGUGUUCGGAUUUAUAUGUCACUUAGUAUAUAUUGAAAUAAGACAGCUCAUAGUGAAAUCUAUUACCAAAAUCGACCACUGCAAGAGUGAAAACAUCGAGCUGUCUGUUGGAACUGUAGCUCAGUUCACAUUACAAAAAUUGACAGUAUUGAUUAUACAAAGGGUACUAUAAAAGUUUUGCAGUACAGCUUUAUGUAUUGACGUCGUUCAAAAUAAUUUACACCACAUUCGAUACACUUCUCCAUCCGCCAAACCAGUCCUUAAACCAGCUCUGCCAAGUUCCACCCGUUCCACCGUUUUCCUUUUAGCGUCAUUUUCACAUGCGGAAACAGUGUAAAGUCGCAGGGAGCAACAUCUGGACAACAAGUUUCAGUCCAGCAGUAGUCAAAUACUCGGUGCAGGUUUUUGCGCGGUGAACUGGAGCGUUGUCAUGGUGGAGGUGUCAAAUGUCCAUUCUUGAUUUUAGCUGCAGGUUUUUCAUACACUCUUUGACUUUAGGCAGGCACUCUUCCAUGUACCACUUAGCAGUGACUGUCUUCUGUGUGUCCAAAACGACACGCUGCACAAUCCCGCGCGAUUUGAAAAAUACAGCUUAUCAUUUUUUUCUUGACAGAUCGGGAUUUGCUGACAGCUACGGGUGUCCUCAUCAAAGACCCAAACUGUGUUUUGAGCCUUCUCGUCACCUGUCACGAUGCUGUUCUCAUACCGAGAUUGCCCCUUAUCAAACAUUUUCAGCAACUUUCGGCACCAACUCGUACGACGAGUCUUCUGCUCUUCCGUCAGACUAUGCGG